AUGAGUAUCGAUCUUUUACAUUUGCAAGAACAAGUGUUCAAGGAUCCGAAGGCUUAUCGUGAUGAUUUCCUUCUUCAGUUGAAACACUUGGAAAACCAGACGGAAAUUGCAAAAUUAAGACCCAGUGAUGAAUCUAAAUAUUUCAUCAAAUUGUUGCAAUUUUUGAGUGUUGCUUGUAAAGUUUUCAAAAACGAUACAAAGCCCUUUGCCGUAAAGGUUUUGGAAUUGUUAGAAACAAAGCAACAAGAGUUAGAACCCAAGUUGAGAAGACAACUUGCUAUUACAUUGAUUGCAUUCCGUAAUAAUGACAUUCUUGAUUCGAAAACACUGAUUCCUGUUUUGUUUAAAUUAUUUAGAGUUCAUGACAAGACAUUGAGAAGUAUGGUUUAUAAGCACAUUUUAUCUGACAUCACAAAAAUUAACAUGAAGAAGAAGAAUCCGAAUGUAAAUAGAUCACUCCAAAAUUUCGUCUUUUCCAUGCUCAAAGAUUCAUUUCGUAUUGCAGCAAAGAAGAGUUUGCAACUAUUAAUUACACUUUAUAGACGAAAUAUUUGGAACGAUGAUCGUUGUGUCAAUGUUAUUUCACAAUCAUGCUUUUCAGAUGACACCGCUCUUGUUGUGAUUGCUCUCAAAUUCUUCCUAGGCGAACAGGUGGAAGAUCCAGACGAAGAGGAGGAAAAAGCGAAACAAAAGAAUGAUGACCGAGAUCUUGGCCACUUGAUUAGAGAUUUGAAAUUCAAGGUCAAUAACAUUCACUCAAAGAAGACAAAAAAGAAGGAGCACAAAUUCCAGAAGGCUCUCAAGCAACUUAAAAAGAAGGAUAAACAUAAGGAAAAGGGUAUGGAAAUUGAAUCUCUGAAUACUCUCAACAUGUUGAAUGACCCUCAAGGUUUUGCUGAAAAAUUAUUCGCCAAAUUGAAAACAUCCAAUGAAAAGUUUGAAGUUAGAAUUCUCAUGAUGGAUGUUAUUUCUCGAUGCAUCUCUUCCAACAACUUGAUUGUACUCAACUUUUAUCCUUUUGUUCAAAAGUAUUUGCUUCCAUCACAAGCCAACAUUACAAAAAUCCUUGCCAUAACAGCUCAAUCAGUUCAUGAUUUGGUUCCUCCUGAUGUUAUUCAUCCAGUUGUGAUGACAAUUGCCAACAAUUUUGCGAAUGACCAUUCCAAACCUGAAGUCAUUGCUGCAGGUUUAAACACGAUUAGAGUGAUGUGUUCGAGGCAGCCAAGAGUCAUGACGAAAACAUUGUUGAGAGAUUUGUCUCAAUAUUCCAAGCACAAAGAUAAGCAGGUGUUCCACGCUGCAAGAGGAAUCAUUACUCUUUUCAGAGAGCUCAGCCCAAAGAUGCUUGCAAAGAAGGACAGAGGAAAGAAUCACGAUCCAGAGGCUGCCAUUCCAGAAUAUGGUACACUCAAAGUUGCUGAAGGUGUUGAAGGAAUUGAACUUUUGGAAGAAUAUGAAAAGAGAAAGGAAUCUGAAAAAGAUCUCAUUGCGAUUGAGGGAGAGGAUGAUGAUGAGGAAUGGAUCGAUGUCAGUGACGAUGAAAAUGAAACCGUUAGUAUUCCAAUGGAUGAAGAUGACGAAGAAGAUGAUGAACAAGAUGACGAAGAAGGAGGCGAAGUUUUGAAUUUGGAAGACGUUUUUGAAUUGGACAGUGACGAAGAAGAGGUUAUGGAAGAUGAAGAACAGGAAGAAGAAAAACCAAAAGGCCCAAGAAUGGAUCAUGUUAGAAUUCUUACUCAAGAAGACUUUGAUUUAAUCAAGAAGCUUAAAAAGAGUAAGGAAAUGGAAAAACUCAUGGGAAACAAGAGAAAACGAGUCGCCAAUCUUCCUGCCGCUGAUGAAACUGUUGACGAGGAUGACAUUGGAGAUAUUUCAAAGGGUGAUGAAUCUGACAAGGAGCAACAAGAGGAACCUGAAACCAAGAAAUUCAAGAGAAGACAUUGGGAUCAACCAGGUACCACCAAUCACCAAAAGAAAAAGAAUAAGCCAUACAUGAUGUUGAAAAUGUCUAGAUCUGUCAGGCAUAAGAACACCAUGGGCCAAAACGAAAAGAAGGUCAGAAAGAAGUUGUCUGAAAAGAGACAAUUGAAACACAAACUCAAGCAUCGAUAA